UUGUCUAUAUUUGGCUUUGAGGAAAAGAGGCAGAAAAAGCAGGCAGACUAGAAGUUGUUUUUGAGGAAGUCUUUCUUUCUUUUUUUUUUUUUUUAAGCCGCACAUUACAGCACACACACAUACACACGCAACACACACACGCACACACAUACACACACACACGACACCCCACCUGGGCGGGCUCCUGUGAUCCAAGAUGCCCCACGGUGCAUCUCUUUUUAAGAAGAUUGCUGAAAUUAAGUGUCUUUCCACUCGUUUCUGUCUGAGCAGCAGCAGCAGCAGACAAGUUGGAACAGGAGCCUGUUUGUUCGUAGGCAGUGUUAUCAUUUUUAGAAACUUUGCCAGGACAGACGAUGAAGUGGGGGGGUUGCCCUGACCAGAAGCCUCGAGGCAGCCUGAGUCUCUCCUACCUUUCCCUUCUACUUACAGCAAUUACAGGCCUGCACCCGCAACUAUAAUAACGGUAUAAUGGGAUGGCAGCAGAGCAGCAAUAAAAGCCACCCCUGACAGAUUAACAGUCCUCUCCAAGUCCUGAACUGUAAUUAACAAUGAGACUGAAGAGGAACAGAGAGGAAAGAAAGGAGCUAGAUUGAAAGCUUUGAAAAGAUAAAGAUAAAAAGGGAUGGGCUGUCUGUGGAGUGAUUUAAUAAAAUUAGGAUAAGCCUUUAACUGUCAGCAUGAAUAAGUCGAAGCUGGAAAUCAGAUCCUGACUAAAGCUGCAUUUUGAAAUCAUUGACAUUUUGUUUGACAUUUUGGGAAAGAUGCCUCUUGGCCCUCUGGCAGAGAUCAAUACCACUCUCAUCUGUCUGAGCAAUUAACCUAUAAGAAAGACUGGAACUAGCCUGGCUAAAAUAACAAAAUCCACCUGUCAUACGAAAACCAGGCAGCUAGGUGACAGUCUCAGUCUCAGUCUCAGUUUCAGUAACUUCUAACGAGUCCUAGCCAAGAAAUUGUCAAGAGAGAUCUCUCCACAGACUCUGAGACAGGGUUUGAGUGUGCAGGGGCGUAACUUGUAGCAGGAGACGUUACUCUUUUAAAUCCAAGUCUAAUCCUAACUCUAAGCAGAUAAUGCCUACUAAAUGGUGAUUGGGUAACACUUUUGAAAUUCGCAUUAAAACUGAUCGUUGGUAUCUGUUGAGUGGGCGUCUCGUAGUCUUGCAGGCUACCAUUAAUAUUGUCCAGUAUUACGCUGUAUCCUAUGACCACAGAAGGCGCUGUUGUCACAUUAACUCGGUUCUGUUUGUUGUGAUCAUAGAAGCAGUUGUGUUGUGCGUUGACACUAUAAUGUUGUAUUCACAUAUUUGGCAGAGUGAGACGAGCAGGAACCACAUCCUUUAUUUAUAUUUAUAUUUGUUAUAUUUGUUAUUCAAAGGUUGUUAGCCCCAACGUUAGUGCUAACCUUGAUGUUACCAAGUGAAACCACAGAAUUAACAUGAUUGGUGUUAAGAUUUAUUUUUGCUUUGAAGUAACUGCCAGCGAUGGUGCGUUCACUGCCAUUCAUCCACCAUUUUGUUCACACGUUUUCACCAACCAGGAGAUAAUAUAGUGCUAGAAACUGAAACCCUUAGCUACUUGUAAUUAUGAUUUAAACACGUAUGACAUGAACGCAUCAUGAAUCCAUAUCUAUUAAGUGCGAGUUUAAUUAUUAUUAUAUAUAAAGUAUAUAUACUUGAAGUUGACAUGAAUGCUGAAAAUCAUAAUUAGGAUAACUCCUAUAUGUCGUGAAAGCAGCAUGAUGCGUGGAUCCUAGUUUGUACCUGACAAUAUUCAGAUGUUACAUUUCAAUUAUGAGGAACUUAGAAAGAGGUGAACAGAAGCAGAAUGAAGCUCACAGGUGUCUGACACAGCAACAGAAAGUGUGGUCCUGCUGUGCCUGGAAAUGGAACAAAAACAUGCAACAUUACAAAUAUUGUUAGGAAUGUGAGCUUUGCACUUUAACCCACUUUAAAGCCUAACUAAAAUUAAACUCCAUGUUUUGUUCUCUGCUACAGCGUAUAGUACCUGUCUACUCUGUAACUGUCCUGUGAUCAGACACCAAAAGAGAGACAUUUAUUUAUUUUUUGGUUUCAUGAUGGUUCCCUCUAGUUUAGCAUUAAGUCAAUGGAAUAUAGUUUCAGUAUCUGUCUCUGUGGAUGGAGAUGGCCAACUGUGGUGUCAGUUGGACUUGAUCAGAGACUUCAGACUGGUAAAUGUUAAAGCAACAAACACUAAUACAAAACUAGAAGAGGACUUGGAGAACACAGACCUCCCCUAAGGACAGUACCAGGGAACAUACCAGACUUCUGAGAUUAAAAUUCAGAUUUAUCUAGUAAAUGUUCCAGAUCUGCCCUAAAAGAUAAUGAGUUCUUCAGCUGCCUGUGCCCCAUCCCUCCACCAAGUUUGGUGCAAAUUGGUUAAGGUUUUUUGGGGUUUUUUGCGUAAUCCUGCCCACACAUAAACAGACACACGUGAAAACAUGACUUCGUUGGUGGAGCUUCAUAUUUACUGUUCAGACAUGAGAGUGGAAAGUUAUCAGUCUCAUCUAAUUGUCUGUAAUAAAGUGAAUGAGCUUAUUUCUUAAAACGCAGAACUAAUUCUUUAAGCCUGGUUUGCCCUCAGGAGAUGUUUACCUGUGGAGAAAGGGUGGUGCAGGCAUUUUUGUGGAGAGAAGAAAUUGCAAAAUGUGUGUGUGUGUGUGUGUGUGUGUGUGUGUGUGUGUGUGUGUGUGUGUGUGUGUGCCUCCUCUAGUGAGAGGAAGAUGGCUCUUGCCUACAUAAUCACACACUCCCUUCACUUUGGUGGCCACCCGCCCCACCACCAUCACCACCACCUCUCUCUCUACAUCCAGUCCCUCCCUCCUUCCCUCCCAGACUACAGCCUACUGUCUGGGGCUCUGUGCAUUUCUCUCACAGGAUCUGCAGAAUAAUGGAGUCGCAUCAUGCAGCAGGUCUCAGUGUUUUCAGCAGAGCUUUCAGCCCAGCACUCAUCAGGCUGGAGCUCAUUUAAACCCGGGAUCUGUAAUUUACUGUAAAGUUUCCUCGUUUAUUUUUUGAAUUCACAGCACAAGGACUUCUUUCAUAUAUUUUUCUGCGUCACGUCUUUUUAUGUCGUCUGACUUUUUCCGUGUUUUGAUAUUUAUAUGAGGGGGAUUAACAGGCCCACCAUGGUUUUUCCAACAUAAAUCAACAUUUUUUUCCUACGUUUUGGCGCAGGCUGCUUUCUGUUUACCUAUAACAGGGAAUGGGAGGAUUUCAUUGGGUUAUUUCUCUAAAAAAAGGCUGUAACUAGAUUUUCUGGAAGCGGGUAUGGGCCAGUUUUUUGCUCCACAGAUGGGUCUUUCGGAGGUAAAAGCACAGGAACCCUGCUGCUUCAGAUGAAGUGAGCAGCUCAGGUUUUUUGUUUGGAGGAUUUUGCGACAUGGGCUGAGCUCCUGCGAUGACUCUUUUCUCCUGAAAGCUGUUGAAUUAUCCGAGGAUGGACGACGGAGACGGAUAAAAAAAAAACCGCUUUAACUUAUCGGACAGACAGUAGUUAAAUAUCUUCACCAUAUACACGCGGAAAGAGCUCACGCACCGGCACGGAACAACACCGGAGCUUUAGAGCGCACCAGACUGGAACUGAAGCGUUGGCCAAAUUUCCAAUCACUAAAUUUGAGGCUUUUACAGCGGAGUUUGGUCGAUGUGUCAUAUCACUUGGCGAUUUAGAGGCAGUUUUCCAAGUACUGAUUUCAUUAAUUUAGUUCCAUUUAUAUUAAUUAACUUGAAUGUAGAGUCUAAAGAAUAGAUGACAAUGCGUCUUUAUGUGUCUGGUGUUAAAAUAGGCGCGCGCACUCAUGAACAAUGUUAGAAAAUUACCUUAGCAGAAUAAAUGUGAAGUCAGCAGAUGUGGUUUUCCUUUUCCACUUGAAGUGGUUUUGACCAAAAUACCCUGUUAGAGCUGGAUAUUGGAUUUUUGUGGGCUUUGGAGUCAUCGGUUUAACUCUCAGGUUUAAAGUUUAAUUCACUUCACGCGCACAUUUCUCAGUGCUUGGUUUUGAGACUCGGCUUUAGUUACGGUCCACCACAGUGACCGUCGUUGUUUCAGCUGGAUUUCCCUCCGUCCCUCCCUCCCGUCCGGACGAUGUGGCUCCCCCGCCUCGCGCUGCUGCUGCUGCUCCGGUUCUCCGGUGUGUUGCUGGUGGAGGGGCUCAACACGUGCCAGUCCAUCAACCUGGACGCGCAGAAGUCCCGGCGCAUCGAGGCGGUCCGCGGGCAGAUCCUCAGCAAGCUCCGCAUCCGCAGCCCGCCGGACGAGGACGACGAGGCCACGCCGCCUGGCUCCGUGCCCCCGGAGGUCAUCCUGCUGUACAACAGCACGCGGGAGCUGCUGAAGGAGCGCGCGCGUCUGGCCGAGUCCGCCUGCGAGCGCGAGAGCAGCGAGGAGGAUUAUUACGCCAAAGAGGUGCAGAGGAUUGACAUGCUGCCCCCCCGCACCGACACAAACGCGGUGCAGCCAGCAGCACCCAACCCCCACUACAGAGUCGUCCAUUUCGACGUCAGCGGAGUCGACCUGACCAACAGCACCCUGGUCAAGGCCGAGUUCAGGAUCUUCAGGGCUCCCAACCCGCAGGCCCGGGCCUCAGAGCAGAGAGUGGAGAUCUAUCAGCUGCUGAAGCCAGAUGAAGAGAGCACCUCCACUCAACGUUACAUCGACUCCCGCACCGUUCAGCCCAAGGCGAAGGGAUCCUGGAUCUCAGUGGAUGUCACAGAAACCAUCAAGGACUGGGUGUCUGAUCCAGAGAAUAAUCUCGGCCUGAAGCUGGGCGUCCACUGUCCCUGCUGCACCUUCGUCCCGUCCACCAACAACAUCGUUCCCAACAAGAGCGAGGAGCUGGAGGCCCUGUUUGCAGGUGUGGAUGACGAGCAGCUUCGUCAGAUAAGAAAGCCCGGUCAGGUUAAAGGCCAGGCGGAUUUCAGCACCAAGACGCCGCACCUCAUCCUCACCCUGCUGCCCAGUGACAGAGUCGACAACCCGGCCAAGAAGAACCGCAAGAAGAGGGCGGCAGCCACAGACACCACAACCUGCUCCCGCGGCUCGGACCAGGGCUGCUGCCUGCGCUCGCUCUACAUCGACUUCAGGCGUGACCUCAACUGGAAGUGGAUCCAUGAGCCCAAAGGUUACAAAGCUAACUUCUGUGCUGGAAACUGCCCUUACCUCUGGAGUGCCAACAACCACUACAACAUGAUCCUGCCCCUGUACAACAAGCUGAACCCUGAGGCCUCCGCCUCGCCCUGCUGCGUUCCUCAGGACCUGGAGCCCCUCACCAUCAUGUACUUCAUAGGCCGCACACCACGCGUUGAGCAACUCUCCAACAUGGUCGUCAAAUCCUGCAAGUGCCGCUGAGGGAAGCGAGUUCAGAGGAAGAGGUGAGGGGGGCGGGGGCAGUGGGCUGAGGAGAGGAGAAUGAUUACGAGACUAAAACUACAAACUGCUUCGCUCAGGGGGAAAAUAAAGUCGAGAGGACAGAUGGAUCCUUUGUUCAUUAAUCUUUGCUGUUUGAUCACCUUUAGCAGACUUUUGAGAUGUUAUUUUUUUACGCUACCUGGCUCAAAUAUCAGGAUUUUGCUCCCAUUCUUUACAGGCAUGAAAACCUUUCAGAUCGUUUUUCUUCAUUCUAGGAACUUUCCGUCUGAUAUAGGACUCUGUAAAUAUGACAACAUAGCUGUAUUAAACCUGUACUUGGAAACUAAAAA